UUCCACCUUUCUCCAGCUAGUGGCGGUAGCGCUGCGGGGUUUUAUGUGAUUUGCAGUUGGAUAAAAUCGAAGAAGAAGAGCUUCCCUCAGCAGAAAUGCAACGAGAGAAAACAAGCAACGCCGCCGCGGCUGAAAAGCCCGACCGGGAGGCCGCCAUCAUGUCCAAAUACUACGAUGGAGUGGAGUUUCCUUUCUGCGACGAGUUCUCCAAGUAUGAGAAGAUGGCUAAGAUCGGACAGGGAACCUUUGGGGAGGUCUUCAAAGCGAAGCACAGGCAGACCGGGAAGAAGGUGGCUCUGAAGAAAGUUCUGAUGGAAAAUGAAAAAGAAGGGUUCCCGAUCACGGCGCUGAGAGAGAUAAAGAUCCUUCAGCUGCUCAAACACGAGAACGUGGUCAAUCUGAUCGAGAUCUGCAGAACCAAAGCGACCCAGUUCAACCGAUACAAAGGCAGCAUCUACCUGGUGUUUGACUUCUGUGAGCACGACCUGGCCGGCCUGCUGAGCAAUGCCAACGUCAAGUUCACGCUGGCAGAGAUCAAGAAGGUGAUGCAGAUGCUGCUGAACGGGCUCUACUACAUCCACAGGAACAAGAUUCUGCACAGAGACAUGAAGGCAGCAAACGUUCUCAUCACCAGAGACGGCGUCCUGAAGCUGGCGGACUUCGGUCUGGCUCGGGCGUUCAGCCUGGCUAAAAACAGUCAGGGGAACCGCUACACCAACCGGGUCGUCACGCUGUGGUACCGACCUCCAGAGCUGCUGUUGGGCGAGCGUGAUUACGGCCCGCCCAUCGACCUGUGGGGCGCCGGCUGCAUCAUGGCGGAGAUGUGGACCAGAAGUCCCAUCAUGCAGGGGAACACGGAGCAGCACCAGCUGACCCUGAUCAGCCAGCUGUGCGGCUCCAUCACCGCCGAGGUGUGGCCCAACGUGGACAAGAAGUACGAGCUCUACCAGAAGAUGGAGGUGCCCAAAGGUCAGAAGAGGAAGGUGAAGGACCGGCUGAAGGCCUACGUCAAGGACGCGUACGCUCUGGACCUCAUCGACAAGCUUCUGGUUCUUGACCCGACCCAGCGCAUCGACAGCGACGACGCCCUCAACCACGACUUCUUCUGGUCGGACCCCAUGCCGUCAGACCUGAAGAACAUGCUGUCCACGCACAACACCUCCAUGUUUGAGUAUCUGGCUCCGCCCCGGCGGCGAGGACACAUGCCACAGCAGCAGCCCAACCAGAACCGGAACCCGGCCACCACCAGUCAGACCGAGUUCGAUCGAGUCUUUUAAACGGGGGUGGGGGGGUUAGACUUUUCCUGUUACAGUUUACCUUCACAGGAUGUUUGGGUUUACCCAGAAUCCUCAGAGUUCUGAUCCAGUUCGCCAGCCUUGAUCCAUGAAGAGACUUUAAAUUCAAUCAUUGCUGUUCCUGUACAGUUUAGGUUUGGUGUCCUGAUGUUUAUUUCCAGGUGGAUCAUGAGGUCCGUUACAUGAAUGACUGAAACGUGUUCUGAUGAGUCCACUGAGCCGGAACUCCACACCAAAUAAAAUCUUUUUUCUUUUCUUUUUUUAUAAA